UUGUCCGCUGGCCACAAAUUCGCGUCCUUUUUUGGUGGCAUGUUUCACGUGACUACUUUAACACUAAAUAACAAUGAACUUUCACUAAAAUAAUAAUAAACUAACACUUAACACAGAGCACGAACUACAGCCACCAAACAGGCGCGAACUUGCAGCAGCAGACGAUGGCGGCACAACGGGACUUUGUGUUGGCGCGCGCAUUCGUUCCCGUCACGUGACAUGGUUCUGUGCUGUGAUUGGCUGCGAUUGCUGCUGCCGUUGGGAAAAAUAGCCGGGCAGCUAUUCUGGCGGCCGCAACAGCAACGGCGAGCUGCUGCGCUGUGAUUGGUCGAGACGGCAACGGCAACGUCGACGCCAAACGCAACGUCGUCUGGAAUCGCUAGUGUGAUAGCUGUUGCGACGAAUUACUUGCUGUUGCUGACCACAGAGGCAACAUAUUUGUAGUUGACUUGACCAACAGUGUAUUUUGGCCAUUGGGUAAACAAUUUUCAUUGUCGCUUUUGUCAUUCCACUGUCACAAGAAAAGCGAACUCGUAAUUGGUACAAAGCAAUGCAGCUUGCUCCUUUUAAACACAGAAACUGGACGUCACCUUGCCACUCUGAGUGGACAUACGGAAGCUCCUACCAAGGUCACAUUCAGCUCAGAUGGAAAUUACUGCCUGUCUGUGGCUAGUUGUGAGGGUUUCAUAUGGGAUUUAAAGACUCUAACGCAAGCGCAUCGUCUGAAUUUGCAGCCGGGCAUGGCAAUAAAGCAGGCCAUAUUCAUGCCAAUAUCGGACAACAUUCUAGCUUGCUUUCAAGAUGACGCCAUACAUAUCUGGGGCUUUCCGUCCUUUCAAUGUGUCAAGCAAGUUGUUCCAGACACUUGGAAAGGGGACAGUAUCAGAAGCCUGGCAUUUACAAGGAAUGGUAGAGCCAUGGUUCUUGGUGGUGCAUCGAGGCAAUUGGUCAUUUUUACCGUUGACGAUUGGGACUGCCAGAGAGUGAUACUACUACCUGACUAUGUUUCCAAAGUGGAACAUUUGGAGUUUCUGCCCCAAGCAUUUGAUUCGGGUGCUAAUCAGAUUCUUGUAGUUCUACUAGAUUCUGGAAAAUUACUAUUUUUGGAUCUCACAAAAGAAACUAUUAUGGAAUCCAAGACUGAAAAUAAUAUUAAACAUGUUUUGUGCAUUGGCAGAAUUUUCCAACAACCUCAAGGGCAUCUGCUUCUCAUUGGUGUUUCUGGUGCAGGCAAGACCACUCUCUCUAGAUUUGUUGCUUGGAUGAAUGGCCUCUCUAUCUUCCAAAUUAAGGUUCACAACAAGUACACUGGUGAGGACUUUGAUGAAGAUUUGCGUGCUGUGCUCAGACGCUCUGGCUGUGAGAAGGAAAAGAUUGCCUUCAUCAUAGAUGAAUCUAAUGUGCUAGAUUCAGGAUUCUUGGAAAGAAUGAACAAUCUUCUUACCAAUGGAGAAGUUCCUGGACUGUUUACAGGUAGUGAGUAUGAUGAUCUGAUGAAUCUGUGCGAAGUGGGUGCCCGGAAGGAAGGCCGUACGUUUGAAUCAAACGAGGAUCUUUUCAAGUGGUUCACUGGCCAAGUGAUGCUCAACUUGCAUGUUGUAUUUACAAUGAACACAUCAUCUGAGAGCUUAAAAGAACACGCCGCCACAUCACCUGCCUUAUCUAAUAGGUGUGUUAUUAAUUGGCUCGGAGACUGGUCUGAGCAGACAAUGUUCCAGGUGGGCAAGGAGUUAACCAAUACCGUCGAUCUUGAUCGCCCGAGCUGGAAAGCGCCCGACUCCUUCCCAUCUGUGCACACUGGACUGCCAGCACAGCCCUCGCACCGUGAGGCAGUGAUUAAUGCCUGCGUGUACGUACAUCAGACCCUCCACAAAGCUAAUGCUAGUCUUGCCAAGCGAGGCAGCAGGGCCAUGACCAUCACUCCGAGGCAUUACCUGGACUUUAUCCAUCAUUUUGUCAAGCUGUACACUGAAAAGCGCUCAUAUUUUGAAGAACAGCAACUUCGUUUGAAUGUUGGUCUUGACAAAAUUGCAGAGACUGUCUUACAUGUUGAAGAAUUGCAAAAGUCUUCAAAAGUUAUAUCUCAGGAGCUAGCAGCCAUGAAUGAAGCGGCCAAUGCGAAGCUCGAGCAGAUGGAGAAAGAUCGGCAGGAGGCUGAAAAGAAAAAGGUUGAGAGUCAAGACAUCCAGGCUGAUAUUGAGAGGCAAACUGUGGACAUUUCAGAAAAACGAGAUGCUGUGAAGAUGAAAUUGGCACAGGUUGAACCUGCAGUCAUCGAUGCCAAGCAAGCUGUGAAGAAUAUCAAUAAUAAGGAGUUGGACGAAGUCAGAUCUUUUAAUAAUCCAUCUGCCCUAGUUGCAAUGGUCUUAGAGUCUAUCUGUGUUUUGUUGGGAGAGAAUGCAACUAACUGGAAUGCAGUCAGGACUUUUGUCAGGAGAAGGGAUUUUAAGUCCAUCGUCUCCAACUUCAAGACUGAGGAUAUUGCUGAUGCUGUUAGACAGAAGAUGCAUGAGACGUAUCUCAGUAGGCCAGAUUAUAAUUUUGAGAAAAUACGUAAUGCCAAUCGGGCUUGUGGAAAGCUGGUGAAGUGGGCCAUUGCUCAGGUUCAGUAUGCAGACAUGCUUCAGAAACUCAAGCCACUGCAAGACGAAUUGGGUUCUCUGGAACAACAAGCAUCUAAAAACGAAAAUAAGGCUGAGGAUUUAAAAAAACAAAUUGCUCAGCUGGAGCAGAGCGUAGAAUCAUCCAUCAACGAACACAACCAGCUCACCUCACAAGCGAAGGCCCUACAGACAGACUUGAAGAAUGUGCAGGCCAAGGUGGACCGCUCCACUCAGCUUCUCGAAUCCCUUGUCUUUGAGAGGAAGCGGUGGCAAGCAUCAAGGGAAACGUUCAGGUCUCAAAUGUCAACUAUCAUUGGAGAUGUUUUGCUUUCAUCUGCCUUCCUGGCCUAUGCCGGUUAUUUUGACCAACAUUAUCGUCAAAACUUAUUUGCAAAAUGGUGUCACCAUCUUAAGCAAGCCGGCCUGAAAUUCCGUACUGAUAUUGCUAUGACAGAGUAUCUUUCAAAACCUGGCGUGAGGCUUCGUUGGCAGGCCAAUUCUUUACCUACUGAUAAGCUGUGCACGGAAAAUGCGAUUAUGUUGAAGCGCUUACAGCGCUUCCCUCUGAUAAUUGACCCAUCUGGGCAGGCUUCUGAAUUCAUAAUGAAAGAGUAUAAAAAAGAUAAGAUCUCCAAAACAUCUUUCUUGGAUGAUUCAUUCCGUGCGGAAUUGAAAUCUGCUCUCAGAUUUGGUUACCCACUGCUUGUCCAGGAUGUUGAAAAUUAUGAUCCUAUUCUGAACCCUGUGCUGGACAGAGAGUGGCGCCGCACAGGUGGCCGUGAUCUCAUUACUCUGGGCGAUGAAAACAUUGAUUGGUCACCUUCUUUCAAAAUCUUCUUGUCAACUCGAGACCCAACUGUGGAAUUCCCUCCUGAGCUCUGCUCUCGAGUUACCUUCGUCAAUUUCACUGUUACCCGCAGCUCACUGCAGAGUCAGUGUUUGGACCAAGUAUUGAAGGCUGAGAGACCUGACAUUGACAAGAAGAGGUCUGACCUUUUGAAGCUUCAAGGCGAAUUCCAUGUGAGGCAGAGGCGGCUUCAAGAUGACCUGCUUCAGACUCUGAGUGAAGCUACGGGAAACAUUCUGGAUGAUGACAGUAUGAUAACCACUUUGGUAACGCUGAGGCAGGAGGCUGCUGAAAUCAGCCAGAAGGAGGAAGAGACUGGCACGGUCAUUGCGGAGAUUGAAAUAGUGGCUCGACAGUACUCGCAGCUCUGUCAAGCGUGCAGUAAUAUCUAUUCCACCAUGGAUAGCUUAAAGCGAAUCCACUUCCUGUACCAGUAUUCGCUCCAGUUCUUCCAGGACAUCUUCAGCUCCGUCUUGCACAGCAACCCCCGCCUCCAGAAUGUGACUGACUACAACCAGCGGCUGGCCGUUGUGACCAAGGACCUGUUUGGCGUGUGCUACGAGCGCGUGGCCAGGGGCAUGCUGCACACGGACCGGCUCACCUUCGCCAUCCUGCUGUGCCGCAUCCACCUCAAGGGCGUGCCCAACGAGGCCAGCCUGGACUCGGAGUUCACGUUCUUCCUGCGCGGCAAGGAGGGCAUGCUCAACUCGUCGCCGCCGGCCAUCGAAGGGCUGAACCAGGAGCAGAUCGAGGCCGUGGUGCGCCUGUCGUCGCGCAUUAAUGCUUACAAGCACCUGUCCAAGAAGAUCAAGGACUCGCCGGAGUUCCCCGGCUGGCUGCAGCACAGCUCCCCCGAGCAGUGCGUGCCGGCACUGUGGGAGGAGGACAAGCAGCUGAGCGCCGUGGCCGUGGCCAUGCACAACCUGCUGCUGAUCCAGGCCUUCCGGCCCGACAGGGUGAUCGCCGCGGGGCAGGCCCUGGUGGCCGCCGUGCUCGGCGAGGAGUUCAUGGCGGCGGCGGACCGCGAGCUGGACCUGGCGACCAUCGUGAACGCCGAGCUUCGCGCCAACGUGCCGGCCCUGCUGUGCUCGGUGCCUGGCUACGACGCGUCCGGCAGGGUGGACGACCUGGUCGCCAAGCUGCGCAAGCAGAUCGUCGCCAUCGCCAUCGGCUCGGCCGAAGGCUUCAACCAGGCCGACCGCGCCAUCAACCAGGCGGUGCGCUCGGGCCGCUGGGUGCUGCUCAAGAACGUGCACCUGGCGCCGCAGUGGCUCGUGCAGCUCGAGAAGAAGUUGCACUCGUUGCAGCCCCACCCAGGCUUCAGGCUGUUCCUCACUAUGGAGAUGAACCCCAAGGUGCCGGUCAACUUGCUGAGAGCGGGCCGCAUCUUCGUGUUUGAACCGCCGCCAGGCAUCAAGGCCAACUUACUGCGGACCUUCAGCACUGUGCCUGCUGCUCGCAUAAAGAAGGCCCCUCUGCUGUACUUCCUGCUGGCCUGGUUCCAUGCCAUUGUCCAGGAACGUCUACGCUACGUUCCUCUGGGCUGGGCCAAGUACUAUGAGUUCAAUGAAUCUGACCUGAGAGUUGCCUGUGAUACUCUGGACACCUGGAUAGAAGCUACUGCAAUGGGUAGGACCAACUUGCCGCCAAAGGAGGUUCCUUGGGAUGCCCUAGUUACCCUGCUGUCUAAAUGUAUUUAUGGAGGCAAGAUCGACAAUGACUUUGACCAGCGGCUACUGAAAUCGUUGUUGGCCAAGCUCUUCACCCCGGCUAGCUUAAAGGGCGACUUUGCCCUUGUCGCCAAUGUGGAUGGAGUUGGAGGCCCUGGGGGACAACGGCACAUCACCAUGCCUGAUGGCACCACGAGGGACCACUUCCUGCACUGGAUUGAGGCGCUCUCUGACAGGCAGACACCCUCCUGGCUGGGACUUCCCAACAACGCAGAGAAGGUUCUGCUCACCACAAGAGGAACGGACCUGGUCGGCAAGCUGCUCAAGAUGCAGCAACUGGAGGACGACGACGAGCUGGCCUACUCCAGCGAGGAGGGCCUGGACCUGACGCGCGAGUCGGUGGACGAGGUGGUCAGGUUCCUGGAGCAGCAGGUGGCCACGCUGCGGCCCAUUGUCAAGAACCCAACCAAGGACCCCCUGUACUGCUACUUCGAGCGCGAAGUCAACUCCGCCGCCGAUCUGGUUCACAACGUGGUCCACGACUUUCAGGACGCUUUGCUCAUCUACCAGGGCGUGAAGAAGCAGACCGACUACCACCGCACCAUGAUGAACGACCUGGAGAAUGACAUUGUUCCGGCCAGCUGGCGCCGCUACCCUGUGCCCGACGGCUGCACCGUCAUCCAGUGGCUCGUCGACUUGUACUCGCGCGUCCAGCAGCGGCACUGGGUGUCGCAGCUGAUGUCGGAGGGCGUCAAGAAAAUCAAGACCCACCCCGUGUGGCUGGGUGGCCUGCUGAACCCCGAGGCGUACCUCACCGCCACGCGGCAGUGCGUCGCGCAGGCCAACAGCUGGUCGCUGGAGGAGCUGGUUCUGGACGUGACCAUCUGCGACGGCCAGGAGGCCAGCCAGCUGCCCGACGAGUGCAGCUUCCGCGUGACGGGGCUCAAGCUGCAGGGCGCAAACUGCAAGAACAAUCAGCUGCUGCUGGCCACCACCAUCAUGACCGACUUGCCCACCACGCUGCUGCGCUGGGUGCGCGUGGCGCCCGGCACCGAGGUGCGCUCCUCAAAGCUGUCCCUGCCCGUGUACCUCAACUCGACGCGCACGGAGCUGCUGUUCACGGUGGACCUCAAUAUUGCCCCCGGCCAGGACCAGCACAGCUUCUACGAGCGGGGCGUCGCCCUGCUCACUUCCAAUUGAUAUGGUUUGGUUAGGUUCAAUUCUCAAUUGGUUAGGACAAUUCUCUAGUCAGUUUGUAUAACCUCCGUUUGGAAUGAGGCUUUUAGUCAUGCUUAUUAUUAUUAUAUUUAAUUUAAUUUUAAUUUUAUUUAAUAUUAUUUAUUUAACAUUUGAUUUUAUUUUAUUUACCUCGUAAGUAAGCCUAAGCAGAAUUCAAUUCUUCAGUACAUGGUGGCCAAUUCUGAAUAAAAACGAUUGUCAACUCUU